AUGCUAGGUGUUAAACUGCUAGAAAGUUCAGACCCGAGUCCCCAGCUGUUCCGAGGUCGUCUGUCGGAGUUGUUUGGUUACAGGUUCCUCACAGAGUCUGCAGCUGUGGAGUCAACACAGAAACUCUUUUACAUGGCCAGACAACAGCUGAGUCAGCUGGAGGGACUGGCAGAGGAGGGGUCAUCCUGGGUCACAGGAGGUUCUGUGAACACAGAGGCACUGCAUCUCAGGCAACAAGUCACAGACUUCCUACAGUACAUCAAAGUCUUCUUACACAGGUACUAUGACCCACCGUCAUUACCAGACAGUCAUAGCCACCCCAACAGUCAUCAACUCUCCCAGUUUCCUCAGGGUCUGCUGCAGCAGCUACAGGGGCUGCUGUUCCACGUGGGACAGCUAGGGGGAAUGCAGGACAGCACUGUCAGCUCAGCCGUGUCAAGACAGGCUGUCAAGAGUUCUACUCCUGCCCACAGCUUCUUUCAUGUUGUUCUUGACAUCUACUGGUCUGCAGUAGAGAUUCUCUACAUAUUACAGACAAAGUGGCCAGAUCUCCCAGUUCACAUGGACCUGUCCAGUUUCCUGCCCAGUGAAGACAUAGGAGACAGAGAUCUCCUCACACAACUACUGACAGCUCUACUGUGGGAUCUGCUGUCUCUCGCUGCUAAAAUAUUCAACAAGGUGACCCUACAGGAGUGUCCCCGGGUGUCCCCGUUCCCCUGUACUUGUGUGAGGGAACUCUGGAUCAUGCUCAUCCACAUGUUAGACCACAGGAGUCAGCACAUGCAGUCGGAUUCCUUCUGGUGUACCCUUUAUAACAUCUUAUGCCUGGUACUUCAAGAAAACGCCACUGAUUUCUCUUGUAAAGACCCUGUUGGCUUCUGUUGGUGGCUGCUAUCCCACAUUGCACCACUGUACCAGUAUGAUCAGAAUGGACAAUUUGCAGACAAGCAACAAGUGAAGAGCAACUGGCUUCUCGUGCAGGACCUGAUUAAGAAAACCCUGGCUACAAAGGACCAGCCCAGAUUGGAUGAAUCUCGUCUGCGUUGCCAGUUAAAGUUCUGUCUGUCCCUGUCUCACCUGUGGGAACCCAACACACAGGCUGUCGUGCUGGUCUGGGAGUACUACUCCAAGAGACUGAAUGACCUAUUCCAAGUGCCUGGUUUGACCCUACAAGGUUUGGCCAGUGUUAGCAAAACAGCUCUAUCCUGGUAUGAGAAAUGUAAAGAAAGAUGCAACGACCACACACUAAGUCGAGACCAGGAGAACAGUUUUCAGCUGUUUCUGAGACUCCUGGCUGUGCAGCUGCGCCACCCGGGGGCCAGCGGGGAACUGCAGGGAUGGAAACAAAUCAAGGGCAGGUUCUACUCCAAGUUCCACCAGCGGCGUAUGCAGGAGCUGACAGCCAUCGGCCUGAGUAACUUCAUCACCCUGUUCCUCACACUGGCACUGGUCGCUGAUGUCAACGAUGUGGCAGGAAAGAUGCAGGACCUCCUAGAUUUGCUAAAUCAUGGACUGAUGGACUUCCAGAGAAGGACUAUCAUCUGGAAAGGUGUGUUUGCCCUGAUGCAGGUGCAUGAACACAGACAGGUGGACAUGGGGCACCUGGCUGACAGGAUGGCCAAGUCCUUCAACAGGACAUGCAGUGAGUUCUGUCAGAAAGGUUUAGACCCGUCCCUACGCCACCAGCUCUGGGCUUUACUGAGUAUCUAUGUGGAGUCAACUCAGGAUCUGUGUGAGAAUAGCACACUGUUACACCUGUCACAAGCCAAGCUACUGGGCCCAGGAUUCUCCCAACUACUGCCAGUGUGUAGGGAGAAUGAACUCAGGACAAUUUUUAACUUCAUACAGACACUCCUGGCCAAACACAGAAGUCUGUAUAAGCGAGCCCUAAGACAACAGGAGGAGGGAGUUCAACAGAUCCAGUCUACUAACAUAGCAGUUCUACAGCAGCACUAUAAAGACAUAGCUGAUGCCUUGUGGACUAACAUCUUCCCUUAUGUAAAGAAGCACAGUAUGACCUUGACCCCUCCUCCGACCUUGGCAGACGUGGCGGCAGGAUUCACGUUUUUAGCUCUUGACCUGCCAUCCCCUCCUGAUUUCACCAGACAGCAGCAGACCUUCUCCAGCAUAUUCCAGUACUUUGGUCCAGAGGACAGUGUUUGCGCAAGUAUCUGUUGCCGGUACCUGUGUCACCUCAUCCCUAACCAGUCCUUCAUGGACCAGCUGUCAGCAGAGUGCCCGGUGUACCAGUCCGGUAUCAUCCACGCCUGGUUCAGGUGUGUCAUGCAGACAUACGGACACAAUGAACAGAUGCAGGAACUCACCAGACUUGUGUUGAGGUUACCAGAAAUGGAGAUCAUACUACACAGCCAGCAUGUGACUAUAGAGUCAUCAGAUAGCCCAGAGACUGUAGCGGUCAAGUUCAUCAAAGCUAUCGGCAGACACUUCAACUCUCUACAGUCCCUUCAGGAGAAGACAGAGUACAGAGACCGUGUGAUGUUGUACUUCGGUAAUGUACUGCGGUACAUGGGUCCUUACCUGAAGAACUCAGGUCCUGCUGAGGCUCUGAGAGUGGGGUAUCACAUGGUGGGCUGUAUGGUCAAACACUGCACCAGGAUCCUGUAUGUACAGUCCAACCCCCGCUCCGUGCUGCCCAGCCUGGUAGACAGGUUGGUUCUGCCCCGGACCAUCUUCAACCCUGAGAAAACUCUGCACCCUGCAGUCAUGGGGGUCAUCAGGGAGCAUCUGCACCUGUUUGUCCAGGGUUUGAGUAAGCUGAGCUACAAGAGGGACCCAUUUGCACAGAAGGCCCUGAGAGAUAUUCUGCAGCAGUACUUCCACAGGUUCUCAGUGGUGAGUAAACCAGGCUUCGUUCAACAAAGACUCGCCAAAGUGAUCAACUUUAUGAACUUGCAGCUUGCUUUGAGUGAGACCAUGUCGAAUAACCCUAGCACAGAAGCAAGCCAGUUCCGUGUGCACCUGUUAGAGGGCAUCAGGGACACGUACAUGACCUUGAGAUCAGGAUCUCUCCCCAACAGGGUCACUGAGACUUUCUCCUUCAUCCUGGAGUUGUUCAGAAGAACUCAGACAUCUGGCCAGAUAGCAAGAGACACCCCGGCAUUGCUUACAACUGUCUUGGAAUACCAGCUGCUAUGUGACAUGCCUGCCAUUAGAAAACAGGUGUCUGAGAUGCUCCAGUUCAUGAUGGAGAGCUGUCAGCAGUGUCCUGAUGUGACCCCAAGGACUGUACUGUUGCCCAUCCUGAGAGACUUCCUAGCCCGGAACCUCAGGCUUCACCAGAGCAGGACCUUCAAGCCAUUGGAGACACUAGCCCUGCUGUACAAGGACCUGAUAGCAGACCUGAUCCCAGUCUUCACUAAUGCUGUACUGGAGGUGGAGAAGAAAAGAGGAGUGGGGGCAGACACACAGCUCAGACAAGCGUACACAUCUCUGCUGAACCAGCUAGGACAGAAGGGACAGGAACAGCUAGACAUCCUCAACACUGAACAUCAGGAUCCAAUCAUGUGAUGCAAGCAAAACUGCUGGAUGAGAUCUUAUAGCUUUCCUUGCACUGUAAUGAGACCAAAUCUGAGAACUGAGUUUUAAUACAAUUAUCCUCUUCACUGGGUAAUCUGAUUCAGACUCUGUUAUGAAUACCGUAGUAACGUCAGACAAUUGCUACUGAAAAACGUUUUGUACACCUUUUGAUUCUUGGAGAGAACUGUACAAAUAUAC